GCUGAGAAGGGCACAGCCGUGCGGCCGAGGGCAGUGAGCUGAGCCGAGCUGGGUGAGCGGAGCAGCGCCGGGUAGCUGGAGCCCCGCGCCAGCGAUCACCCGCCGACGCCGCCCACACUCUGCUCUCCUGCGACGCCUGCCACCUUCCCUUCCUUCCCUGAGCCCCUCCACCCCUGGCUAGCUGGCCCGGGUUCUCUAGCCUUCAGAGUCCCGAGGUCACCGAUCCUUUUCCUAGUCCCGCGCCCAUUCCACGCCUUUUCCCUUGUACCCCACCCCGGCUGGGCGCCUGGCACGGGGGACCGUUGCCUGACGCGAGGCCCAGCUCCACUUUUCGCCUGGGUCUCCUCCUCCUCCUGUCCUCCUCCUCCUCCUUCACUACCAACUCCAACUCCCCGGUUCACGCUCCGCUUGUGAGUGUUGACUCCGCGCCUCUUUGCCCGCUCCCGCAGCGCUGCUUUGCAUCCAGUCUCAUUCUGUCCCCUAAAGGUGGGAGCGCGUCCGUCAGGGUCCGCACCAUGGCACGGUUAGGCUUGCUCGCGCUUCUCUGCACUCUGGCGGCGCUCAGCGCCUCGCUGCUGGCUGCGGAGCCCAAGUCGAAAAGUUGUUCGGAAGUGCGACGUCUCUACGUGUCCAAAGGCUUCAACAAGAACGAUGCCCCCCUCUAUGAGAUCAAUGGUGACCAUUUGAAGAUCUGUUCCCAGGAUUAUACAUGCUGUUCUCAAGAGAUGGAGGAGAAGUACAGUCUGCAAAGUAAAGAUGAUUUCCAAACUGUGGUCAGCGAGCAGUGCAACCAUUUGCAAGCCAUCUUUGCAUCCCGUUACAAGAAGUUUGAUGAAUUUUUCAAAGAACUUCUUGAAAAUGCAGAGAAAUCCCUGAAUGAUAUGUUCGUGAAGACAUACGGCCACUUAUACAUGCAAAAUUCAGAGCUAUUUAAAGAUCUGUUCGUAGAGUUGAAGCGCUACUAUGUGGCGGGAAACGUGAACCUGGAAGAAAUGUUAAAUGACUUCUGGGCUCGCCUUCUGGAGCGCAUGUUCCGCCUGGUGAACUCCCAGUACCAUUUCACAGAUGAGUACCUGGAAUGUGUGAGCAAAUACACUGAGCAGCUGAAGCCUUUUGGAGACGUCCCUCGGAAACUGAAGCUCCAGGUUACCCGUGCAUUCGUUGCAGCCAGGACCUUCGCUCAAGGCUUAGCAGUUGCAAGGGAUGUCGUGAACAGAGUCUCUGUGGUGAAUCCCACAGCUCAGUGCACCCAAGCACUGCUGAAGAUGAUCUACUGCUCUCACUGCCGGGGCCUGGUGACUGUGAAGCCCUGUUACAACUAUUGCUCAAACAUCAUGAGAGGCUGUUUGGCCAACCAAGGAGACCUUGAUUUAGAGUGGAACAAUUUCAUAGAUGCCAUGCUGAUGGUGGCAGAGAGGCUGGAGGGUCCUUUCAACAUUGAGUCCGUUAUGGAUCCCAUCGAUGUGAAGAUUUCUGAUGCUAUCAUGAACAUGCAGGAUAAUAGUGUUCAGGUGUCUCAGAAGGUUUUCCAAGGCUGUGGACCUCCAAAGCCUCUCCCGGCUGGACGAAUUUCUCGUUCCAUCUCUGAAAGUGCCUUCAGUGCUCGAUUCAGACCUUAUCAUCCAGAGCAACGCCCAACUACAGCAGCUGGCACUAGUUUGGACCGACUGGUUACUGAUGUCAAAGAGAAACUGAAGCAAGCUAAGAAGUUCUGGUCCUCUCUCCCAAGCACUGUCUGCAAUGAUGAGAGGAUGGCAGCAGGAAAUGAGAAUGAGGAUGACUGUUGGAACGGGAAGAGCAAAAGCAGGUACCUGUUUGCAGUGACAGGAAACGGAUUAGCCAACCAGGGCAACAACCCAGAAGUGCAGGUUGACACCAGCAAGCCGGACAUUCUGAUCCUUCGUCAAAUCAUGGCCCUUCGGGUUAUGACCAGUAAAAUGAAGAAUGCUUACAACGGAAAUGACGUGGACUUCUUUGAUAUCAGCGAUGAGAGUAGUGGAGAGGGAAGCGGAAGCGGAUGUGAAUAUCAGCAGUGCCCUUCAGAGUUUGAGUACAACGCCACUGACCAUUCUGGGAAGAGUGCCAACGAGAAAGCUGACAGUGCCGGUGGUGCCCCUGCAGAGGCAAAGCCCUAUCUCCUCGCUGCCCUCUGCAUCCUGUUCCUCGCUGUGCAGGGAGAGUGGAGAUAAUUGUCAAACUCUGAGUAAAAGUGUUCAUCAUCAGAAAGUUCAAAGGCACCAGUUCUCACUUUUUUUUUUUUAAUCAUCCUAGUGACUUUGCUUUUAAAUGAAUGGACAACAAUGUACAGUUUUUACUGUGUGGCCACUGGUUUAAGCAAUGUUGACUUGUUGUUGACUUUGUUUUUCUCAUUCAGUUUGAGGGGACAGGGGCCUCCUGCCUUCAAGUGUGUCCCUCCGCACUCCCCUCCUUUGAGACUCGUGUUAUGCGCGGCUAGCGGUGUAGUUACAGAACUGUAGUUAGUUGUGUAUUGGUGAUCUUGUUUUCUUUGUUGGUUUUUCUCAUUUGUGGGGUUUUCCUUUUCCAAUUAUGGUCUCACCUUGUUUCUCACAAGAAAACCAGGGUCGUUUCUUGGCAUGUAACAUGUACGUAUUUCUGAAAUAUUAAAUAGCUGUACAGAAGCA